AUGAAACUCUCUGUCUAUACCGGCCCGCUUUUGGCCACAAUAGCAUACGGCCGUGCAGCGGUCGCUACCAACAGCACUGAGAAAGCUCCCACGCUACAGCUAAGCACAAGCGCAGAGUUCAACUUUCAACUUCUCAUUGCCCUUGGCGACGCUACCUCGGGCGGGGCAGAUAUCGGGCCCGUUUUGGGCGCUGCCAACGAAAUCAGAGCCGGAGAUAUGGCCCACUUCAGCCGCCAAUUUUAUAGACUCGCCAACUCUACCAAGGCCCAAGCCGAAGACCCGGAAAACGCUUUCGAUCCGAUCAACGUCAGAGACACUUGGUUUUCUGCAUCCCAGUACUUCCGACGAGCAGACUUCUACGGCCACCACAACUGGAGCAAUCCGCUGAUUAACACAUUAUGGGCCGAGCAGACUGCAGCGUUUGACGAAGCCCUUGCCGCCCUUCAUAUUCCUGGCAAGCGUGUCCAGAUCCCUUCUCCAGAGGGCAACUUCACCGUCGAAUCGAUCUGGUAUGGCCCUGGGCAACCAACUGUGCGCCGGAACCAGAAUCUGGGCUUCAUCCCGCACUGGGAGAACGUGGUAACGCCGGUUGUGGACUGGAUUUUCGCCGAAAAGGCCGACGCGGUGGACACGGACCGGCUUGUGCUGAUAGGAAACUCCUUUGGAGGGUAUCUAGCAGCCCGAGCUGCGGCUUUUGAACCCCGUCUGUCCGCAGCCGUUCUCAUCGGCGGAGUCUGGGACACCUAUGCUGGGUUCUCGGGUCAGUUCCCGUCCGAAUUGAUUGGCAUAUACGAGGCAGGUAACUACACGGACUUCGAUCGCAAGGUCCAUUCGCUGCGGGAGACUGGCAAGCUUCCUACAUCUGCGGCUUGGGGCGUGGAUCAGGGCUUGUGGUCGUUCCAUACGCACUCACCCUCUGAAUUUCUCAAUAUGAGCCAGAAUUUCCGACUAGAGGACGCCGUUGACAAGAUCAAGAUACCAGUAUUCGUUGGGGACGCGGAAUUUGAGAACUUUUUCAAAGGACAGCCGAAAAAAGUGAAGGAUGCUCUGGGAGACAGGGCUACUCUACAUGAUUUUAAAGGGGUUGCGGGAUAUCAUUGUCAAAUAGGUGCUGCACAAGAGCUUACGAGAACAAUGUUUGCAUGGAUUAACAAGACGCUUGGCUAA